GGCCAGCUCCGUAGAGACCCCGGGCUGGUAGCGGCUUGGAAACCUUGUCGUCUGGCACCAUGAGCGGCCGUAGUAGGGGUCGAAGGUCUUCCCGCGCCAAAGGCCGGGGCAAGGGUCGGGCCAGAGCUCGGGUCCGGGCCCCUGCCGAAGACGCCUGGAACGACGAAAAGCGGCCUCAGAGCCCGCUGCUCGGGGAGGACGCCGAGGCCGCGCAGGUGCAGGCCGGCGCUGCUCAGGGAGGCGCGGAGCCAGCCGAGCCCCGGGAAGAGGCGGCCUGCCGCCUCCCGCUGGACUGCGGCCUGACGCUGCGGGCACGGGCUGCAGGCGAGCGCGAGCGCGAGCGCGAGCUGCCGGUCCCAGAUCCGGACCUGGAGAGGGCCACAGCCCUCGCCGAGCGCCUGACCAGCGACACCAACUUCUUGGGAACCGUGGGGGCCUUGGCGAAGCUGCGACGCGGUUCCCGCAUUGGAAAUCGGCGAGUCCCCGGGAGGAAGGCCCCAGACACUCGGAGCGCCGCGGGAAGGAGAUCUCAGGCCACAGUCAGUGGGAAGCCAAAGAUGCCAUGCGCCGCUGCUCCCGUGGGGGAGGAAAAAAAGGUGACAGAGAAGCAUGCUGGGUUAGGGUCCCCUGUGACAGUAGGCAGCAUGGAUACCCUGGAGACGGUCCAGCUAAAGCUAGAGACCAUGAAUGCGCAGGCUGACAGGGCAUAUCUCAGGCUUUCCCGCAAGUUUGGCCAGUUGCGACUUCACCACUUAGAGCGCAGGAACCUUCUCAUCCAGAGCAUCCCUGGCUUCUGGGGGCAAGCAUUUCAGAACCACCCCCAGCUGUCGUCUUUUCUGAAUUCCAAAGAUAAGGAGGUAUUGAGCUAUUUGAAUAGACUGGAGGUGGAAGAGCUUGGCCUUGCCAGAUUGGGCUACAAAAUCAAGUUCUACUUUGGCCGAAAUCCCUAUUUCCAAAAUAAGGUGCUCAUCAAGGAAUAUGGGUGUGGUCCAUCCGGUCAAGUAGUGUCUCGCUCAGCUCCAAUCCAGUGGCUCCCAGGUCAUGAUCUACAGUCCCUAAGCAAGGAAAACCCAGAAAACAACGGUAGCUUCUUUGGGUGGUUUUCAAACCACAGUUCUAUUGAGUCUGACAAGAUUGUUGAGAUAAUCAACGAAGACCUGUGGCCUAAUCCUCUACAGUACUACCUGAUCAGUGAAGAAGCCCGUGGAGAGAAAGGAAAGGAAGAAAGGUCAGGUCCUGCAAAACAGCCAGCACGGAGCCCUGAGCCUGCAGGGAGGCAGCCCAACUGACCGGGCACAGAUCUGCCCACCACUUCCUGUUGGGCUGACCACGUGGGUUUGGUUGUCUGCCUUCAAAUGUGACAUUUGUGAUAAUCUUUGCUUCUCCAUGGCCUCACCUUGUCACAGCAGUGUUGCGUGUGUGACAGCCUGACUGUCUGUGAAUCAGUCACUUGUGAUAUAUGCAGCUUUUCUCUACCGUAUCCAGCCCCUGUUCUUAGCCCUGGCCUUUCCCACUUCUCUUCCACGUGGACAUUCUGAGUCCUUGUCCAGAUGGAUAUUCAAGCUAUGCUGCUUCGUGGCCAGUCACUGGGCUUUGUGUCCAUUUUAGCCAUGCAUGUUAUCAAUGGCAAGAUUUUCCAUUGCCAUCACAAAAUGAAGCCAGUGCUUUUAUUCUGUGGCUAUAGAGACACCAAUCAAGGUUCUUCAUAUUUUGUUUCCAACUUCAGCCUAGGGUCCAGCAAACCAUUGGGUGUGGAUGAAGACAAGGGAAAACAGGAGUAUGUUCUGUUCACAUCGUACGUCACUAGUGAACUGUCAUCAGAAUUGGCCAUGCCUGGUUGCAGUCAGUCCAUUCACUUUUUGGCUAAGUCAAGGUUAUUGGCUCCAACUUGUUUAUCAAAGACCUCAAGAACUGCCUAUGGACCCAGGCACCUUCCCAGUGCAUGAGCUACAAACCUACCUUCUGCAGACUUUAGGAAACCUACUGGUUGUCAGACUGGUGGGCAGCCUGGCAUUUAUGAACAUUUGCUUGUUGCUAUCAUGUUGUGAGUCCUGAGAAAGGUAGGGCCUUGGGCCACACCUUUAUCAACUGGAUAUCUGUGCCAUUUUUCUGAUUCCUGAUUCCUGAUUCCUGGGACAAGAAGGAAUGCCGAGGAAGAGAGACUUCAUUUCUAUACCUGUGUUUACAUCACACCUCAUUCAGCUUAGUGUCCUUCCCUAUCAGCCUACCUCUGGACUUCCUGCUUCCCACUUCCUACUUCCUAUUCUCCUUAUGAACCCUCUCCCAGCCUUUUAAAAUAGCAUCCCAGCGCAGACAAAAGAAUCCUCAGCUAGACUUUUCUACAUACAGCUAGGAAGGCAGAAAGGGGCUUCCUUUGCCCACUCCUGAAGUAGGCUAAAAUAGGAUGAAGAAGACCCAGAAGGCCUCAAGAGAGUCUGUGGUCAGACAUAGGUCCUGCAUCUUGGGCUUGUUCUAUAGUUCUAAAGUUGUAUGUAUCUGCUAGAAUUAGAAACCCUAAGGCAGCAGUGUUGUGAUCUCUUCUUGUGUCUUCUGUCUGUUCCCUUUUAGGACCUAGGGGCUGCUUCCUUUUGUCUCAUUUGAUAUCCGCCUGGGUCCCAGCCCACCCCCCACCCCCCACCCCCCGCCUGGGUCCCAGCCCCCAGCUUUCCUGCUCAGUGGUACUUUGCUGUCUUUGCUUCUCAACCCAAAUGUACUCACUGUGGGAGAAUCCCAAGGUGUUCCUGAGGACAGGACAGGCAGGACCUGUUUUAGAUAUUUCUGGUAAGUGUGCAGGCUGAGCUGGACCCCUCUCUUCCAAGGUUUGUCUGUAUCCUGACUGAUCUUCUGUGGAAAGUAGAACUCUGUAAGCAGCCACCAUUCUAGUAUGGAGGACUUCAUUCUAACUUUGACUCAGUGGUAAGGAGUUAAUAGGCAAGGGAAUCAGGGCAAGAUAGGUAUGAGCCUGGUAUUGAGUGGGUCAGUAAAAACUUGAUAGAAAUGCCUUGUGAAGCUGCAGAGAUAGUGAUCCUGUCUCUCAGUGAUGAAGGUGACAGAAGAGACCUUACUCAGGGUUGGGAAGGGAGAGUUAAAGGGGUUGUCGGUAAACAAGAUGCCUGCACAAGGAUGGAUUCAGAGUUCUGGGCAAUCUCCAUCCAGAAGUAGUGUUACUAUAUUGGGUAGAAGGUGCAUCCUAAUGUGUGUAAGAUUAUGCUAAAUGCUGUCUCUUUGGCCUCUAAGAUUUUAGCCCUUUUUGUAUUUUUGCCUAAUGAGGAAAAAAGCUGUAUAACUUGCUUUUGCUCUCUAUUAUGUAAAUUUCCAAAAAUAGGAGUGAAGAUAGUGGUCCCUGGACCCUGUGUACCUUCUGCCUAGAAGCAACGAGUAACCUAGUGUCAUCUGUAGCUUCUUCCUCCUGCAUUUUUAGUGAGAGACCACGUGCAUAUACCAGUGCUUCUGGAUCUGCUUUGGGAGACUGGGGCAUUGGGAUAAGAUGUGCACUCUCAUGGUCACAGUAAGUCCAUUAAUGUCAAUUCUGUGUGAAUUUAUGAUUUUUCCAGAAGUAGGACUCAUAAAUGAGUCUUAAUUAGUGGAACUCAAAGGAGAAUUGAUGAGGAUAUUCUACUCUCUGCCGUAGUUACAAAAGAAGAGACCAUUCUGUUGUAAAUCUUCCUAUGACCCUGAUGUAAGGUACUUGAAAUGAAACCUUUUCUCCCAUGUAACAUAGAGACUUGCAUGGACUGUUAGGAUUGCUGUGUUCUGUGAAAAUAAUCAAAUCCAGCAUAAUAUUCUCACUGGUUAUUGUAGCUGAUAAUUUGAUAUCCUGGUAAUAAUGUGAUUAUUUCCCUGUUCCUAAGUGGCAUAAAUACUUGCAAGUAUGCAUGUACAAUGGAAAAAAAUAAAAAAUUCUUGCAUCACUGUUCUAUUUAAUAUUGCAAAGUAGGAAUUGGAGGGCUGUGAGGCAGGGGCUGAGCAGAGGCAAAGAGCGAGGGGUGUGUGCUGGCCUAGGUAAGCAGAGCCCAGGCCUCAGGCCUCUGUGACAAGUUACACAAGAAUACUUAAAUUCCUGCUCCCCAGACGGGGCCCAAAGCCUGACAUUUUGUGUGGCUCUAGAGGAAGUAAGUAGUCUUGUUUAUAAUGAGUUUUCCAGGCACUUCUAAUGGGAAUUCAAUAUUUCUAACAUCUUGUGAAUUUGAAUUAUGUAGAGAAUCCUGCUAGGUGGAUUUUGACUUAGGAGUCAGCAGAACCAGGACAUAUAACAAGCUUCCAGGUGAUUAAUUGCUGGUGGCAUAAGGACUGCAAUUUGAGUUGCAACUAAGGUGAUUCUAGAAGCCCUUCAAAGAACUAAUAAAAAAAAAACAGAUAAAAAAAUUUUUAAGUCCAUUCAAAAUAGAGUAAUAGUGUUCAACUGUGGUUGUAUAUUAGAGUUAAAAGGGAGAUUUUGAAAAGUACCUCUCUUAGCUUCACACAAAGGCUAAGUGAGAAUAAGGAAAGAGAUUGGCACAGUCACAAGUGACUCCAAAGCUUUCCAGGUAACUCAACAUACUGUUUCAGAGUCAGGCUCUCUGACGCCUCUCCUCUCACAUCCAGAGGAAGGAAAAUCUCCAUCUGAAGCCAUCCUCAGUGAUGGCCAAACACCAUAGAAAAUAAUUAGAAAAGGAGCUUGGUUUUUAACUGACAAGAAAGUGGCCUUAGGAGCUGGCAUGGGGGCUCCCUAGGGAAAGGUUCUUGCUAUACCUGAAGUGUGAUCCAUGGGACCCACAUAGGCGAAGCAGUGAACCAACUCCUGCAAGUUGUCCUCUGACUUUCACAUGCAUGCCACCGUGAGCCCAUCCCCCAUACGGUAAAUACAAAUGUGAUGAAGAGAUAAACUUAUAUGAAGGUUAAGAUGCUGCGUACACGGAAAGGCAGUGUGUGGCACACAGAAGGUGUUGCAGUGUUGGAUGAACAAAUAAACGUGGGUAAAUGUACUAAGUGUGUUCAUUGUUUCAUAUGUACUGCUAUAUUAGUUUUCUUCCUGCACAAAGUACCACAGACUAGAGGCUACAAAGCUAAAGGAAGUAAUCCCUUAGUUCUGAAAUCCAGAUGCUCAAGAUUAAGGGUUGCCAGGCUUUCUUUGGAGGGCAUCAGAUAGAUUUCUUUGUGUCUUCACAUGGCCUUUUUGGUAUGUCUUAUGUCAUAACUCAUCUUCCUCGGAAGCAAGCCAUAUAUAACUGCGGUCCACCCCAGUGACUUUAAAUUCCAUUACCCUUUUAAAAAAAUAGUCGGUAGAUAGUCUGAGGUGCUGGGAAUUUGGUCGUCUGUGUGAAUGUGGUAGUGGUAGAAGAACAUUAUCUAGUUGACACCGUUGUACAAUGUACAUGUUUUGCAUAGUAUCCAAGGCUUCUUAUCUUGUUCCAGGUACUUUUACAGAAACCUUAUGGGGUUUAGCGUAAUUCUUUCCAUACUUUUA